AAAAAUGGCUACUCGGUCAUUCUUAUGUGUUAUUUUUAUCUUACUUGUUGCAUUUCAAUCCACCAUGUUGAAGGCCAACAAUGUUCUUCCUCCACCUCGCUGCAGGCCAGUACUGGCUUCUACCAGAGAAAUGUUCGAAUUCGCUUUGAACUUGCACAUUUAUAAAGCAGUACUUUAUCUGGGUUCUUCAGUUGGUCUUGGAAUCAACGAUAUAGCACCAGGUCUGGUCGAAGGUCCGGCUCCCAUCGGAGUCACCGUUGCCAAUCUCGAUAACCGCACCAGAAGGAUUGUAGAGGAAUCUGGUUUAGCUAGCGUCGGACAUAUCAGGGAACUCGCAAAUGUCACAUUCCAAAGGACUCCACUUCCAAUGCCACAGUUGGAUAUAAGAGCACAAGUUAUUGCCAAAUAUUACGACGUUAUAAAUGUCACUUUGCAUCCUCCAUACAAUAUAUAUGACAACACAAAAAGCUUUCUCAUUGUAGCUAUUUAUUCUUCUUAUCUUUUACAACAAUAUUACGCUGGUAUUACGCCUUCGAUUGUCGGAAACCGUGAACAAGAGUUGGCGGCUGGAAUCACGUACUACGAGGCUGCAUCAUAUGGUGUUAUCCGAUCACUACUCAAAGACAUGGCUAACACAACAGUGCCGCCUUAUACGUUAACGGUGGGCAACUUUACCAACCUUACUGCACAAAUUGGUAACCGACUGGGUGGCUGCGGCGUGAAAGAUGAAGGUUUGACCGUGCCGCUUCCGCUCGGAGCUGAGGGUCGAACUACCAAUAACGUCAUAGCGGCGGAUGUCAACUCCCUUUCGUAUAAACGGAUUGAACGAGAAUUCUUGAGGAUCGUGUUUAUAUCCGGCGACGCCACCAAGCCCGGUGGACUUUUUCCGAAAGGUUUCGUGGGGACGCUUUAUAAACGAAUUGCUGCCCGAAAACAAAGCUAA